AUGUUGCCUUCCGCCAUCGAUCCUGUUGCACGCAACAUUGCUAUACUAACAACGACAUUGACUGCGUUCAUGGGCCUCGAGUACCUUUGGUUUAUAAAGGAAGAAAUUCGGCUAGUCUGGCCGCGAUUUUUGAAGACCACAGAAGCCAAAGUAUACGUGGUGAUCAGAUAUGCUGGUUUAGCUGGAUCAAGCUUCAACAUCUGGUUUGCAUUUAGAAUGCUCUCGGGAGUUCCCAAUGGUCCGUUCGCUUGCAGAGCAUGGUACUGGUACCAGACCACGAUGACCCAGUGUCUGGUGUUAUCUGUGGAGUCAUUACUCAUGCUGCGGGUGAACAAGAUGUAUGGAAAGGGCAAAUCUAUCCGUGCACUCUUGAUCAUCUUCGGUGGCGCACAGUUUGCUGCCAUGGCAGCCAAUGCUCGAUUGGUUGUAAUUGGCACUCGCUAUUCCCCCACUUGUGUCAUAAUCUCGCCUUAUCACAGUAGGAUCUAUGUCGGCGUCUCAAUCAUUGUAACUUUCAUGUUCAUCCUUUCUACAAUGCUAUGGAGAUUCUUCGGGAACUCAUCCGGCUGGUCAGAAGCUCCUCGUGCUUGGCUCAAGCUUGCGGUCCGCGACGGUAGCUGCACGACCAUUGCGAUAUUGGCGAUCUUCAUCUUUAUGUUUCUCUGCAACACGCGCGUCAUCGACACACAAAUGAGUGGAAACAUCAUCUUUUACGUACUGUUAUCUUGCCUUUGGUUUGCUGUUGAGUGCAAGAUCUUAAGCAGUCGUUCUCUUCCUCAUUCUCUUUCUCAGGCUGGACGCAUUGUUCUGCAUGAGGCCAAAUUCCAUGAAAUUCAAGAAUCCCAGAAGGGUGACAUUAAUGAUCAAAGUCGGUGGACUCUGACGAUCGAGGUGGACCUUGAUGACAUUAGACCUUUUGAUGAUUCCGAUGCAUGUCCAACGGGUCCCUCCGGCUUGGGGGUCGAGUCGACUGAAGUGUCUACCCCGUUCGACUCUAUGUCAAAUGCAGGAACGAGGGAUAUCGCUGACAAACACCUUUGCGGGGAGGACAAUAUGCAGCUGUCGAGUUGCGCACCUACAUUCAUACCUAUCGAAAAAUGCAUCAGUGGUGUUUAG